AUGGGAUUAGAAGAAUCAGAAUAUGAAGAGGAUCUUGUAACAAAAUAUAUUAUAAAUGUAAAUUAUUCAGAAGCAAUAAACAAAUAUCAUAUUGAAAUUUGGGUUGCAAUUUUCGUUGUUAUCAUUGCAAAUAUAUUAUAUGGUAGAUAUAAAGAAAAUCAAAAGUUGGCUAAUAAAGAUAAACAACCAUUUAGUAAUGAUACCAUUGAGAAAAAUGAUGAAAAUAUUAGAGUUUCAAGAUUAAAAAAACAAGAACAAUUUACAGAGGAAUUAAAAACUUCUCCAAUUCCAACAAAUUCAAUAAACCAAUUUGAUCACAAUUAUCAAAAGAAAAUUGGUAAACCAAAUUCAAUAAAUAAUUCUAAUAAUAAUAAUAGAAAAUAUACUGAAGGUUUAAAUCCAUCAGGACCAGGCACUCGUAUGUCUUUUAAUGUUGGAGAAAGAAGAUAA